AUGAGCGACAUCAACUUGGCGAGUUUCGUCGCGCAGAUUGACCAAAUGAAGGAACAGAUUCAGAGUCAAUCUUCUUCGAGAAGGCCUCGUCCUGCGCCUACGAAUUUAAACCUCAACUCAACCAGGCCGUCCGUCCCUUCUUCUCUCUCGCUCACUUCUUCCAGGGCGAAUUCUAGCACCGUCACCCCAAGAAUGAAGCCUGGAAGUUUGGACUUUUCAAAUCGGAGAAAUGGAUUCAAUACAGCACAAUCCUUCGAACCUCAGAAUGUGCCAAUUCUCGGCCUUGGGACUGUAGAAUUAGACAGGGUCCCUUAUCGCAACGUCACGGAAAAGGAUUUCACCUCUCACGACACUUCUGCCUGGCUUGGGAGUGGAACGAGCGGUACAGUCUUUAAAAUGAACUUUAUGGGCAAACGACAGGUCGCAGUUAAGCAAAUUCCAAAGUCAGAUGAUCCAGACGAGAUUAAGCGGCUGCGGAUGGAUCUCGGGGUCAUGAUCAAAUCGCGAACCUGCCCACACAUUGUCAAGUACCUCGGCGCAGUUGGAAGCGAUGCUUCAGUUUGGAUUGUCAUGGAAUUGAUGCUCUGCUGCUUCGAGAAAAUCCUUAAAACAACACGACUGCCAGUCCCUGUUCCUGUCCUAGGGUCGUUGACCUACUCCGUCGUUUCAGCUCUUCACUACUUGAAGGAACAUCACUCGACGAUACACAGAGAUGUAAAACCAUCGAACGUGCUUGUCGACCAACAUGGCAACAUAAAACUUUGCGACUUUGGCAUUUCGGGUCGUCUUGUGGAUAGCCAGGCGCGAACUAGAGGAGCUGGCUGUGCUGCCUACUUGAGUCCCGAAAGAAUCGACCCAGAGAGAGGAACGUAUGACGUCCGAGCGGAUAUCUGGAGCUUGGGGCUGAGUUUAAUAGAACUGGCGACAGCGCAGUUUCCUUAUUCUGGUUGCAAAUCGGAUUUUGAAGUUUGCGCGAAAAUCCUACAAGCAGAAGCGCCAGAGCUCGGCCCUUCUUUCCCCGCAGAUUUUCGCGAAUUUGUCAAAUUACUUUGUAUAAAGAAUGUGGAAAAGCGACCAAAAUACGCUCAACUGCUCAAAACAAAGUUCUUCGUUGCCAAUUCAAAACGCAGCGAUCGCAAUUCAACAACGAAAAAGUGGCUUGAAUCCGUCAACUUCCUCGAGCCCGCUCCUAUCCCAACAAAUGGCCAUAAAAAUAGCAAUUCAAUAAACGGAUCAUCGACGAAUCCGUUCUUAUCCAAGUCUUCAAACAAUCAUACUCCGGCUGGUACCAAUGCUAGCGUGAAUGGAGCAGUUCUUACCAAUGGAAACACGAGUAAUUCCACCACAAAUGCCAGCUGGUUUGGCGCUUCUGCGUGGAAUGAUAUCAAGCCCAGAUCUCAAGCCGUUCACACGCCACAGCCGAUUCGCGUUGAGCGUAACUUCUUCUCGCCGGUAAAAAGCGAUCUCUUCGUGACCGGCCGCGAGAACUGGACUAGCUUUGGCUCAACCCCCAGCGCUCCGGUGGCGAUCAACUCGGUCCCCGUCCAAAUUGAAAAUCAAAGUACGAGCAAAGACCUAAUAUCUCUUUGA